GCGAGUCAGUGACUUGUCUGCCGCCGAACUGAGCGGUCGUGUCGCGCGUGCAGCCGCGUUUCCGAACGCAGCUCGAACUGUUUUCGAAUUUGGAAUUGUGUGUGUUCUACAACUUGGAUAUUCGGAUUUUUCAGUGACAGCAGUGAACGCUCGUGGUCGAGGAUAGUUAUUUUUUUGGAUUGUUUUUGAGGAUUUCGAGUGCAUGUGCAUGGACGGAUCAGUGACCCUUUGGAUUGCGUUUUGGACCCGAUCAAUGUGUUUAGUGAACAGACGGACAAAGAUAGAAGUCAUCCACCAUAUGUGUUCAAACGUAACCUUGCCUUCCAAUAUUGUAAUAUAGCACUAGUGUACUAUUAUUUUUUGGUAUGCCGCGAUUUCGCGAAAGAUCGCGGUGAGCCCAGUUGACAUACAACGGGUUGGUUUGCGCGGCGGCGAGAGCGGGGGCCCUCGUCGCUGACUCUAUGCUGGGUCGGCGCAGGUUCGACAUACAUCGGGACGUGGCCAGGUCGCUACUGAAAAGGUGCGGGGUCCGGGGCGUGAGGUAACCUGGCUGAAGGAACAGCAGACAGACAACCCUGACAAUUAGCAAACCCACGGCAUCCACCAAAAUGUGUUCUUACCAACGAAGUACAUAAACAAAUCUACAACGAACAAUGUUCUUCGCUCCGUCCAAAACGCUGCCAAAAUAUUCAAUCGAAUUUAUUAGUGUUAUUGUAACUAUAGAUACGUUUUCGAACUGUUUUUAGUAAGUUUAAGUGUUUGUGUUGUGAAGUCGACAGCGCCACCUGGCGUGCAGUAGCGGCGGCACCGUGGCGGUGGCCCAGGCUGCGCCUGCGCUGGCGAUGCCCUUUAUUGAAGACGAAUGGUGGACCGCGGAGAAUGAGGGCAGGAUGGUCGACCUCUCCAAUUGCCUGCAGGUGAGCUUGUAUAAUGACGCGGUGGCGGCGGCGAACGGCUCGGCGGCCGCGCAGCUGCAGCAGAUGGCCACGUCCGUAGCGACAUCUCUCGGGGAACUGUCGCAGGCGGAACUGUCCACCAUCGUGGGCGGCCUUAACCUGGAGAACGACAGCUCAGAGGCGGCAGACCCGGAUGACAUAUUGAAGCAACUGGGAGAGACCGCCUUCGAUAAUUUCGACACGUUUUUUACCGACCUCACAAAUUCUACCGCGUCGUCUGUGCCUCCUAUUGAAAUUAAGCAAGAGGAGAACAACAACAUAUCCUCACCUUCAAGCAGCCAGCUGCAGGGCUCGUACUACCAGCCCAGCGGCCCGCUGCUGCAGAACCACGGCCAGCAGCGCCUGCAGCAACUGCUGAGACAAGGCAACGCCAUCAACAACGCCGCCCAUCUCAACAACUCACGAUACAACAUCGCCUCACAAAACCCAUUGCUCGCGGAGAAACUGGCAGCGACAUCUAGUAACAUAAAGCAAGAACCGCUGAGCACGGAUUAUAAUGGAACGAGUAUGAACUAUGGCAGCGCCUCGCCCAUGCAGCGGGUGCCGUCGGGGAAGCCGCAGGUGCAUGACGCCGGUGGAGGUAAAGUGGACGGCGAGCCGGCGGGCAUGCCGCUGGGCGCGCGGGGGUCGCUGGGCCGCGCGCUGCUGCACGGGCUGCUGGCCCCCGCCCCCGCCGCGCGGCACCACCUCUAUAACACCGCACCUAAUACUGGUUCCCUCCCCCCGUCGCCCGCCGACAGUGGCGUGUCGGACGUGGAGUCGUCAUCAUCAGGGGCGGGAUCCGCCGAGGAGCUCAAGGCGAGGCUGCAGCCGCCGCCCCCCGCGCCCUUCCACACCCCCUUCCUGCCCUUCUACCAGCACCACCAGCUGGCCACCUCGCUGCAGCACCACGCCGGCCACGCGCGCCCACCCGUGAGCGCGGCGGAGCGCGAGGGCUACGGCUACGGCUACGGCGGCGGCGGCGGGCACCACUUCACCGCGCCCGCGCCGCCGCUGCCGCACGACGAGCUGCCCUACUCCGUGUUCGACUUCGGCGACUACCAGCGCCACCACCACCACAACAAGCUCAAGCCCAAGAAGCGCGCCCGCAGCGACGCGCCGCCCGCGCCCGGCGUCAAGCGCAAGUCGCGCGAGGGCUCCACCACCUACCUGUGGGAGUUCCUGCUGAAGCUGCUGCAGGACCGCGAGUACUGCCCGCGCUACAUCAAGUGGACCAACCGCGAGAAGGGCGUGUUCAAGCUGGUGGACUCCAAGGCGGUGUCGCGGCUGUGGGGGCUGCACAAGAACAAGCCGGACAUGAACUACGAGACCAUGGGCCGCGCGCUGCGCUACUACUACCAGCGCGGCAUCCUCGCCAAGGUGGACGGCCAGCGCCUCGUGUACCAGUUCGUGGACGUGCCCAAGGACAUCGUGGAGAUCGACUGCUCGCUGGCGUAGGCCGCCGGUCGCCGGGUCGCCGGGCCAGAGGGCGUCGGGAGUGAACUGUUUAUGUGACUUUAAAGUGACGGCGUUCAUUUGUUCGUUUUAGAUAAAUUUCUUUAUUUUUCAAACGUCAUGCUCUAUCUAUUCCUACAUGUUUCCGGCUUCGACACAGGAUGACGGUUUACCGAAAGUUUUAUCUAUCACGGAAUUUAUUAAUGUUAUCGUAACUAAGGAGGCGAAAAUGAUUGCUCAAAUGUUUAUAUACUUUAGGGGAAUUUCAGAGGAGUAACACUAAAUUUGCUAGAUGUUAUUAUAAUAUUGGGAUGAAAGUGAUUUUUGUAUCCAUGUUGAAAACGAAUUUUUAAUGUUUGUAAAGUUUCUACUUAUAUCGUGUGUUAGUUGUUGUGACUUGGAACGACUGUGCAUCAUACCACUACCUCAUUCUACGCAAAAAUAUAUACCUGGUUCAAGCAACUCAAAUAUUUGAACGAACCGAUUAUUAAAUAUGCAAUACUAUAUAUAAAUAUAUAUAGCAUAAAAAUAAGAGUUUAUAUUAUAAAAAAGAAAUAUUUACGUAAUAAAAAGGAGUUUUAUAUAAUACAAAUAUAUUGCAUACAAAAGGAUCUAUAGUAUUACUUUUUAAAUAUCUACUUUGGUGCUUUUGUGCGGCCAUCUGCGUAUUUACACUUUGUUACGAAACUGACAACCCUCACCUCUGUUAUAUUUUAUAUUUAAUCUAAAUAAUUAUAUAUUGAAAUUCUGCAAAUAUGUAUGUACGUCGUUGAUACUUUUAGUCUGAAAUUUAUAGUCUGUGCGACAAAAUUUAUGUUGUCUUAUCCAAUGUGUAUAUCGGUGAAAUUAUGAAGACGUUCGUUUCAGCACGGCCUGUACAUUUCAGCGCGAGUCUAUAAAACCUUUUCUUUCAUUUCGAAACCGAAUUUUCCAUGAUGAUAUUAAUUUAGGUCGUAUUAUACGUUGUGGAGUCACUGUUGAACCUACACUGGUACUGAAACCUACUGCCAAUUUUCUUUUAGGAAACUGAUUAAAACUGUAUAUUUUAAGUGAAUAUUUGUGUUGAAUAGAUGUCUAACGAAUAAGUGAUGAUCGUGUUGUAGUGAACAAUCUCUAGUUCAUUUCGUUAAUUUAAUUGUAUAUUAUUAAGUCUGUUAGAGGGGCUGCGGCGCUCCGGACAUAUCACCACAGAGUAUUUACACAGAGCAGCAUAUCACCCACCCACAGAGUGACCAUCGCGCUGCACCCCCUAUUUUUUGUUACCUGAAUAAAAUAUUAAUAAUAAAUAAUUAAAAUAUUUGUGGUCCAAUGUUAUGAAUCAUAAUACUUUUUAACUAGAUAGCGUAACAAAAGUUUGUUUUAAGAUUUAGUAUAGUACACAUUGUCUGUCUUUAUUGAUCCAAUGCAAGUACCGUGAGCGUUUGUAUGUGAGGUUCCACGUACAGAGGACACGCGGCCUCAGACCCCGAUGUCUGCAGAGAGCUAGCUCAAAACUAAACAAAAUAUACCUAAUAGAUACAUUAGAACACAAUUGAUAAUAUUUUUUUACAUUCAAACGAAUAGAUUGUACAUGAUAGCUAGGUCGUAAGGCUUUCGAGGCGAUAGGUGUCGGAUAGCGGAGAAACAGGAAUCGAGUGAGGAAACAAGGUGCUAGACUUGGGACCGAGGGGGGAGGGGGGGGGGCAGGUACUGCAGACAAAGAUACUUCAACGUAUUCUACCGAUCCAUGUCCAUGUCACACUUUGAUAGGCAAUAUUAGACUUUACGCGAAGAUCUCAGUGUCAAAUGGAACAAAACCCAGUGUCUCUGUCAAGUGAUCAAAUCAAUAUUGAAAAAAAGUGGAGUUUUUAUCGUAUUUAUGUAUAGUUAGGACGAUUUUUCAUGAGAACUCUUUCUUUUUAGCACUUUCUGCUUUUUGUAAAUAUUAGUGUAAGGUCUAACUUAUUUAUUCCUCUUUCAUGAAAAUCUUUAGCCGCCGCCGCGGGGACCGAAAGCUUCGUUUGACUUCAAUUAAAUAAAUUCUUCUUCAGCAAUUAAACAUUAGGUACAUCAUUUUAUAUUUCUUCAAAUGUUACAAGAGAGUUACACUGUUACUUUUUUUCACAAUUCUGUUUCGGAUCCUGCGACUGCGGCCCUUAAUAAUUUAAUUUUUAGAUAAAGAUCGUUAGUUUACAAAAUUUUAUUGUAAAAUAAUAUAAAAGAUACAGUGUAAGUAGUUAUGAAUGGACCAGGCGAUGCGACAUGUGAAUGCUCUCAGAAUUUACUAAUUCGGCUAGUUUAAGUUUAGUUCUUGAUAAAUAAAGUAAUUGAUAUGUGAGAUUGAGUUACCGGUAGGCAGAAUGUUUGAGCAAGCAUUAAAAAUAAUGCUCGAAAAAAUUAAAAAUAAUUUUAGUCGAAUUGAUGUUGUUAAACAAUUCAAAGUUUCUAAUUGAUAUGUACUUAAAUCAAUGUAAAUUAUUGGCACCGCGAGGAAAAUUAAGUUUAAAGGAUGUUAAUUUAAAUUGAGCCUAGUCUUAGUAACUUAAAUUUGUUUAAAAAUGUAUCGUGCGACAUUGUCGGUGAGCCCGGACAAGCGGCUGCUCUUUGCACUUUCCAAAUUUUGUAAAAUAAUUACGUGUAAUUAAAUAAUCUAUUGUAUUUCGAACGCACACCCUCUCGACCCAGGAAUGUUGUAUUGUAAAAUUAUCUUUGGUGUCGCUAGAUAAGUAUAAAAAAUAUUAAAUAAUCGUUUUGAGAGGAAGUAUAUUGAGAAGGUUAGUGAAUUGGCGCGGAGCGGGGCGAGGCUGCUAAGCAGCACAUUUUUCAUUAACUAUUCAAUGUUUGUGUAUUCUUCGCUCGUCAAAUUACAUGUAUGUCCACUGCAUAGUCAUUAAAAAAUACGAAUAAAAUUGUAUGUGACGUGAAUAUUUUAUUCAUUGCAAUUAAAUUUGGUUCAUUGUUAGCGAUGCUAGAGGGCAGCACUACCAUUUAAUUUUAAAAUUUGCCUAUUUAAUUCGCCUAUUCUGAGAGUUUGUUUGAUAGUGAUUUUUGCGUUAUGCUUGCUUUUAAUUUUAUGAAGAUAAACCGGAUAUUUUAUUUUAAUUUUUAAUUUUAGUUGUUAAUAUUACAAAAUACUAGUGUAUUUUCUGCCCGUAGUCGAGUUAUUUUUAUGUAUAGUUAGUUAUAAGUGUACAUGAGUUAGCACAUAAUUACGAUGCAUGAUGAUAAUGUUAAUAAAAUAUCCACUUUAAAAUACAA